AAUAAUGAAAGAUUUGAGAACCAUCAUUUUGUGCUCAGUGGAAAAUCUUGUCUCUUCAUUUCUGUAGUUGCGUAGUAAAUGCAUGACGAUGGAGAAUGAAGCUGUUUUACUUGGAGUCCCAAAAAGUUGCCAAACAACCGAGUUUGAAAAGGACACCUGCUUUUUGGGUGGAAGACCGACAUGGUAUGGGGAGGACAGACCUGACACACGGCUUUUUUGUUGCCCACGUUGCAACAGUGCAGAGAAAGUUGUGUUCUUGUUUCAGUGCGCUACUUCUUAUGAAGAGGACUUGGACAGAUUCUUGUAUUUAUUGGUUUGUGUGAAGGAGGAUUGCUUGCGGACUCCUGAUGGUUGGAUUCUUUUAAGGAGUCUGGUUAGGAAGAAGCCUCUUCAAGGUGCGUUGAAAGUUAAGGAGAAACAACCAAUUUGGGAAGAUUUUGGUACUUUUGAAGACAGCUGGAACAGUAAUGCAAACAAGGAUGCCACGUUAACAAGCAGUGAAUUUGAGCAACUCUUUGAAAACUGGACAUAUUUUUCCCUUUCUUUGACUCCGAAGAGGGAAACGUGUUCUUCCACAAAAUACAGAAAUAUGGACAGUCAUCUAUCGAGUGCUUGGAAUAGCGAAUUGUGUUUGCCACAGAUUCUUUUGGAGGUAGUGGAAGAAGCGCAAAAUGAGAAAGAACACGAGAUUGAUCCACAUAUUCAAUUCCUUCGGACACAGUUUUAUCAGAAUGCGCGAGAACAGACGUGCGAAGACUUCGAUGUUGAUGGAAUGUCUUUCUUUGCGGAGAUACAGAAAGAAGAAUGGAGAUACUACAAGAGAAUGGAGCAUUGUCCUAACCAGUGUGUACGAUAUCAGUUUAAUGGAUCACCGCUUAUUACUCCGUGGUCAAAAUGGAACAAAGCUAUGGUGUCGAAAAUACCUCGUUGCCAAAGUUGUGACUCAGAAAGAGUGUUUGAACUUCAAUUAAUGUCUCAGUUUUUAUAUUAUCUGAAAAUGGGUGCAAAGAAAAGUAACAUACAAAUUCCAUUCUUAGAGGAUGGUCAUCUCUUCAUGUCUCUGUCCACUAUAUUGGUCUACACAUGCUCUAAGGAUUGUAAGGCAGUUAGUAAGGGUAGCAGUACUUCCAGCACUAAUUACUACCGAGAAUACGUACUCCCAAUUUUUGAAACUUUCUCACCCUCAGCAUUUUCUUCGAAAGAAGUAGCUCCCAAAGAAUGAAAAGUCACAAACAUAAAUAUAUCUGUACGAAGAAAAGAAGAAAUUGCAUUGUAACCAUAGAAAAGAAAUGAAUCUAGUUGAUC